ACAAUAUCUACAGUAUCCACCUUUUCAAUAAGAUAACAUUUUCAGUGUUCAUCAAAAUCAAAGACGAUAAAGCUUUUGGCAUUGCAUCUUUGCGCAGAGUUGGAAGUGGAUUAGACAGCGCAAAUGGGCUUGGCCAAGAGCUUUCCUAUUCGUCACUGCCACUCUCUUCUUAUACGAAUCGAAUAAUAUCACUCCACACUCUCUGAUCUCAAAAAAUCUGCAUUCCCUUCUACCCUUUUGCCGAUCAACCCAUUUUCGCCUACAAGGUUCGAUAUACAAAGUACUUUAUAUUAAAGAUUCAUCAGUUCGGGAGUUCUAAUUGUAGCAAGAAUGGAAACUAAUGGAAAUCAUGUAACUGAGAGGUAUGGUGUAGUCACCGGAGCAAACAAGGGGAUUGGUUUUGAAACAGCUAAGCAACUUGCUUCUCAAGGCAUAACUGUGAUUUUGACAGCCAGAAAUGAGCAAAGAGGAUUGGAGGCUGUUUCAAAGCUCCAUGAAAUAGGUUUACCAAAUGUUGUCUUCCAUCAACUUGAUGUGACGGACCCUGACAGUAUCCAGUCUCUGGCUAAGUUCAUAGCUGACAAGUUCGGCAGGCUUGAUAUCUUGGUAAAUAAUGCUGGGGCUAGUGGGGUUGUGGUUGAUGAGGAAGGAUUAAGGGCCUUGAAUAUAGAUUUCUCCUCUUGGCUCUCAGGCAAGGCAACGAACUUGGUUCAGAGUGUGAUAAAGACAAAUUGUGAGAAGGCAGAAGAAGGCCUCAACACAAAUUAUUAUGGCCUUAAAAAUGUAACAGAAGCCCUUCUUCCACUGCUACAGCAAUCCUUGGGAGGAGCAAGGGUUGUGAAUGUCUCCUCUCUCAGAGGCGAAUUGAAGAGAAUACCAAGUGAGCAAAUACGAACAGAACUGGGGGAUGUAGAAAAUUUGAGUGAAGAAAAGAUAGAUGGAGUGUUGAAAAGAUUUCUACAUGAUUUGAAGGAAGAUAGAUUAGAAGUGAAUGGAUGGACAAUGAUGCUUCCACCCUACAGCAUCUCCAAGGCUGCAGUGAAUGCUUACACAAGAAUUCUUGCAAGAAAGUAUCCAAAAAUGUAUAUAAACUGUGUUCAUCCAGGCUAUGUUAAUACUGAUAUCAACUGGCGUACAGGAGUAUUGAGUGUAGAAGAAGGGGCUAAAGGUCCUCUCAAGUUAGCUCUUUUGCCAGAUGGAGGUCCCACAGGUUGCUAUUUUGACCAAACUGAAUUGGGUGAGUUUUAAUUAACUCAUUGCAAACUGCUAUGAAACUUCACUUGUUUUAUCAAAGAUGGAAGGGUUUCUAGAGAUUUUUAUACGGAUAACCCAAUCCUAGCAACCUAAUAUGUAUUUGAGUAUGGUAUUCUGCAUCGCACAAGUACAUCUCACCCUUUGUAACAUUGCCACUGUGAUGUAUGCUAUGACUCUCUUAUUACCGCCGGAA